AGUGCUGCGUAAUAGAUUUGGAAUAGUUGCUAGCUGAUUUAUUUUGAAUAUGAUCAGAUUUCGUCUCUUUAUAAUUUAGACUCUUUAGUACAUAACAUUAGCCUUAUUUAGCAAACUGCUUUCGUCACCGUUCAAUCGAAAUGUCGUGCACUGCUGAGGAAAUCGCCGAAAAACGAAGAAUAGCCAUUGAGAGAUUGAACGCUCGGAAAAACGGUUUGAACAAUAACGUUGGUGGCGGAGGCGGACCGAGUUUAGUUUCGUCCUCAGUUGCCGGAACGACCAGUACCCAGCAUGCCGCUGAAACUCACAAACGACCCUGGCCCAGUGGGACACACAAUCCAGGCUCCUUCUACGGGACCAAUUCAACGGUUUCAAACUUCAAGCAAAUCGUAACGAACGGCGCGAAACCGGCUGAAGGUGGCGGCAAAAUGAAAAGUUUCUUCAACAACCCUCGUUCUCAGACGCUUCCGUACGUGAAGAAUACGCCCAUCGGAAACGGAACGCCAGAUAAGGUGGCUCCGGUCUUCACUCGGACGGUUACGUGUUCGUGUGCUUUGGUGUCAGAGUCGAGAUUUGUCGUCCAGCCGUCCGGAUUCCACGAGAAGCUUAUUGAAGUGUUUAAAAGCGUUUCUUCCAAGCAGUAUGAUCCCAGCACCAAACUGUGGACCUUCGGAAUCAAAGACUACGCUAUGGUUCAUGAGAGGGUGACGGCCCUCAAUCCGCACGUUUCCAUAGGCUCUAUUCCAAAAUUUAUUCUCCGGUUGUUCGAUGGAAGUCCUCGUCCGAAGAUAUCCCGAACGUGCCUGAACGGCAUAGAACCUUCGCUGGUCGAUACGUUGCUAGAUUUUCAAAAGGAUGGUGUAUGUUAUGCGAUAGAUAAGAGCGGUCGAGCAUUGAUAGCGGACGAAAUGGGUUUGGGGAAGACAUACCAAGCGCUGGCAGUGGCUGAUUUUUAUAAGGAAAAUUGGCCUCUGCUGAUCUGCACGACGGCGUCUACGAGGGACACGUGGGCCACAAAGAUUCGGCAGUUGUUCAGACAUGUUCCGCUGUACCACAUUGUGACUCUCCAGGGAAGUCAAGACGAAAUACACGAUGCACGCAUUCUUAUUUCGAGCUAUAGUUUAAUGGAAAAGUGUGCGGAGAAGCUUCUAGAACGAGGAUUUGGAUUUAUAAUCAUGGAUGAAUCGCACACGUUGAAAAACUUCAAAGCCAAAUGUACGGCUGUGGCGCAAGAGCUAGCCAAAAAGGCAAAACGCGUGAUCCUGCUGUCCGGGACUCCGGCCCUAUCUCGUCCGGUUGAGCUUUUCAGUCAGCUUCAAAUGUUGGACAGGCACUUUUUCAACUUCAAGGAGUACAGUACCAGAUACUGCGCUGGAAAGCAGUCCAAGUUCGGUUGGGAUGCCAGUGGCCAGUCCAAUCUGGAGGAACUCAACCUGUUGCUGGCAGCUAGGUUUAUGAUUCGACGUACGAAGCAGGACGUGAUGAGUCAGUUGGCGGAGAAAAAUCGAGAAACUGUGAUAUUGGACGGAUCGUUGUUGAGUAAGAACGAAGAGACGGAGGAAAAUUUAAACAGCUACGCCGCGGACUAUUCGAUGAGUAAAGGUCGCGAACGAGAAGAAAUCUUGAUCCAGUAUUAUAGUGCCACCGCUGUGGCCAAGGCUCCGGCCGUAUGUGGCUAUUUGAAGCAAGUGUUGAAGGAGAAGCAGAAAUUCAUAAUUUUCGCUCAUCACAUCAAAAUGCUUGACGCCAUUUCAAAGUAUCUCAGCAAGCAAAAGGUGGAUUUUAUUCGAAUCGAUGGCACAACGCGAUCGGAUCUGAGAUCGAGCCUGGUGGAAAAAUUUCAAACCAAGGAUUCCUGUCGAGCUGCCGUCCUGUCCUUGAAGGCUUGCAACGCUGGUAUCACCCUGACUGCUGCCCAAUUGGUGAUGUUUGCUGAACUUGAUUGGAAUCCGAGUACGCUUGCCCAGGCGGAAAGCCGCGCUCACCGAAUCGGUCAGGAAGGAACAGUCAUAGUUCGCUACCUUCUCGCCAAGGGAACUGCGGAUGACAUCAUCUGGACGAUGCUGCAGAAGAAACAAAACAUUUUAAACAAGGCAGGUCUCUGCAACGAGGAUUUCUCCGAUUCGACCAAUGUGGAUGCUCCCUGUUCGGCGGGAAAUAUAGAACCGUAUCUGGAGAAACGGGGAAGUACGGGAACCUUAGACCGCUUCGUAGUUUGUGAAGCAGUGAAACCGACUGCAAAUGAGACUGAUAGCAACAGCGAGCUCCAAAAAAUGUUAGACGACGGCGAAGACGAUGAUUUGGCGGGACUGGAUUUCUAGUGAAUAAAACGUGAUUGAAAUUAUAUUUUUUGUGAAAUAAA